AUGUUUUCCUAUUCUCCGUUCCACUCUGGAGUCUUUGCUAAACAAGAGCCAGUGGCUUUGAAUGAGCCAGCGGCUGAUCUUAAUGCUAUAAAUCUCCUCGAUUAUUUAUUUGUCAGUUAUCCUGAAUAUGGCCGGAAAGAAGGACAAGAAAAGGAGAAAUUGGUCUAUUUUUGGCCGCCAGAUGAGAGUGAUAAGCGUAAGGUAAGGUAUUUUCAAUUUUAUACUGUUUGUUUUUAUGGGUUAUAGGCACUCAAAAUUUUUAUUUUUUAUCAUAGUUUUGCAAAUGGAUUUUAUUAAUGCCUAAUUUUCAAAGUUUGUUUUUUUUUGGUCAAAAGUGAAAGGAGACGCAAGUGUGGAAACGUUAAUGUUAACCAUUAUCAAAAUUUCUGAUUUUUCACGUAUGAUUCGAAACGGCGAGUUGCGUAGAAAAGCUCGAGCUGGGUCGGAUGAUAAAAAGGAAUUUUGUAUGAGCCUUGUAUUAAUUUACAGUAUCUAAAUUAAAAAAUCGGAAUUCAGAAUGGCAAACAACAUGAUACUUACAGGAUUAUUUCAGCUUGACCUCGUCAGUUUUUCGGAAGCCGUAAUCAACUUUACUAGUGAGUUUGGCAUUGAAAAUUCCUCUGAACAUCGUUUUUUGACUUCCCAGCAGCUGGUUUCUGUUAUUCUGCCAGUCGAAGGGGGAUUUAUAAUAGGAGCAGCGUUUAACAAGGAGAAAUGCGAGGCUCUUCACUUCUUUCCUCAUCAAGGCGCACUUCUGAAGACCGUAAAACGAAUCUACAAAACUUUUAAGCUCUUCAAUCGAGGGUUUGAAUAUAAUUUAAAGUACGGAAAGGACCUGAUGAUUGAAAUCUUGGAUGCCUUCUUUACCACUUAUCUGCCAACAGUCAAGCUCUCUCCCAUUCCAUUGAUUGAUGUCUUUGAUGGAAUUAGUUUUAUGCCCUUAGGGUCCAAUCUGUUUCUGCAGACUCAAUGUUUUGUAGAACAGUGUAUGGAGCAAUGCUUGGAGAUAAAACAGGCCAUGUUUUUAUAUCAGAACAAGUUGGCGCAAUUUGCGGUGCCCAGAGAAGAUCUCAAGACUUAUUACGACCUUGUAGUUGACCAUCUGAUUCCAUCAGCUUUAAAAAGUGAACUUCAACCAGAAUCUGUUUCAUGGUAAGGCAACUUAUAUAAAUUUUUACGAUGUUUAGGUCUUUUUAUACCAUUCUUCAUUUUUCAGUGCUCAAGUUGGGCGAUUUGUUAAAUUUGCAUUUGAUUUUGCCCCGAGUAAAGGAAAUUUCUCGGUAAUAUGGGUAAAGAACAGUGAAACGCGAGAGAUGGAGAGACAUUAUAUGGUAAGUUUGAUGAAGAUUGCAGUUUUCAGCUUUCAGGUUUGUUAUCGAACUCUCAACGCAACAAUGAUCAUGUUGAUCAAAGAGACAACGCAAAAUUUGGAUCAUUUGCUGACCAGAUUUGGCCACUUUUUGUCUCCUCGAUUAUGUCAGUUAGCUUCGGAAAUGGCGGAGACGGUAACGGAGACAAUUCAGCCGGUGAUAUCGGGUAUUCCUUUCCAUUUUAUCUACUACAACACUGAGAGUAAAUCAUUCAAAACGAGUCUUUCCUCGCUUUCUCCAUCUUCAAGUCCAAUCACUUUCAGCACUGAGAUGUCUAGGUAAGAAUUUACUUUGGUUUGCUUGUUACAUCUACGCAUGCAAUUUUUUAGUGCCAUUUACGAUGUGUUUGACAAAUUUAUCGAGUGCAAUGAUCGGACCACCGAAGUGAAUCUGAAGUUGGAGUCAGAUAUUUGGGUUGUUUUUAAGAAAUCCACGGGUCGAGUUCUGAUCGUUUUCAUCCCAAAUGCUCAAAGCACAACUCUGGGAGAAGUGGAAGGCCAUUUAAAUUCAAUUAUUGCCAAUUAUUUUCAACAUGUACACUUUUCAUGA